AAAGCAGGUUUAUUGAAAACUCAGAGUUUGUUAACCCUGGAAUCACGGAAACUCAGAGUUUUCCGUUUCACAAAGGAGGGUCAGUCAAACCCGAGAGAGAGGGUUAACUCUAACCUGUUUCACAAAGUGAGGUAACUUAACCUCAAGCUCAGUUGCCAUAGUAACAGACUCCGUGAAUCUAACCUGGUUGGGACCAGGUUUUCCUGAAGAAACCCUGAGUUUCUCUCUGUCUCCGCCCACUUUCAGAGCCACAUACUUAAUUUGAUUUCCUCAUUCCUGCGCUGUCAGAACGUCCUCUAGUUCCAGAAGGCAACGUUUGAACAUGGCGUGUCCUUUUGAUCACGAUCCUGUGGACGAAGGUGCAGCAAUCCUGCGCAGGGAAUUACAUAUCUGUCGGCAGAGAGUACUCAGACCACGCAUAGAUAUUUCAGCCCUCCCGGACAAUUUUCUUUUUCAGCGGUACCGUUUUACUUCACAGUCUAUAAUUUACAUACACAACCUCAUCCGUCCGCACAUUUCAAACAUCACGAGUCGCAGUCAUGCGCUCACAUCGCAGCAGAUUUUGUGUGUGGCGCUGCGUUUUUUUGCCAAUGGCAGUUUUUUGUAUAACAUCGGAGAUGCUGAGCACUUGAGUAAGGCAACUGUAUGCAGGGCCAUCAGAAGAGUCUGCCUCGCCCUGAAAAGACUUUUGCCUUUAUUAGUUGUCUUCCCUGGACACAAACCUGUCAGGGCCAUUAAGGAAGAGUUCCACAGGAUCGCAGGAUUUCCCAAUGUGAUUGGCUGCAUAGAUGGUACGCACAUUCCCAUCACGGCUCCCUCACAUAAUGAGGCUGAUUAUGUGAAUAGGAAGUCCAUUCACAGCAUCACUGUCAAGAUCAUAUGUGAUGCUGCACACAUAAUCUCCAAUGUGGAGGCCAAGUGGCCUGGGUCUGUUCAUGACUCAAGGAUAUACCGCGAGUCAAACCUGAGUGCCAGGCUGCAGCACGGAGAGUUUGACGGCCUUCUGCUGGGUGACAGGGGUUACCCCUGCCAACCAAGGCUGCUGACCCCUUACCCGGACCCUGAGCCAGGCCCCCAACAAAACUUCAACCGUGCUCACAGCAGGACGAGAGCCCGGGUGGAGAUGACCAUAGGCCUGCUGAAAGCCCGUUUCCAGUGCCUACGUCACCUCAGGGUGACCCCUGAGAGGGCCUGCGAUAUUAUUGUGGCAUGUGUUGUUCUUCAAAAUAUCGCCACUAUUAGAGGAGAGCAACACCCCGCCCUACAGAUUGAUGACCCCGAUGAAGACCCCGUCCACCUGCCAGCUAUGCAGGAUGGCCGAGCGGUCAGAGACACGAUUUGUACUAAUCACUUUUGAGUUUAAAGCACCACCACAAAUAAAAACAUGAGGCACAUUUCAGUUGGUCUUCCCACAUUCUGGCUCAGGGCCAGCUCCUCUGCCUCCGUUAGAGGUGGGGCUGCUGGGCCACCACCUGUUUUUCGGGCAUCUGCCCUCUUUCUGUUGGCUGAGUAAAAAUCUGGGUUAGUUUAUUAGGCUUCAUUGUUUAAUACAAUAUAAAGAAGACAUUUUUGAGUGUUAAAAGAGCAUUAUGGAAGGGAUCAAAGAAGUUCAGAGUCAAGUCAUGCAGAUGUCUGACCUGUUUGAACAAUGUUUUUAUAUUUCAUCUUAAGUUGCUGCCAAGUGCGCUUCUC